GGUGGCGGCAGAGGUGGAGGCGGCGUCGGAGGUGUGCGGACUGUGUAUGUGUGUGUGCGUGUGUGUAUGAGAGAGUGAAUCGAAAUGUAUUCGGGCUAAUGCCGAGACUUCACGAGUUUGGUUAUUGUCGGGUCGAAGGCAUUCAUACGAGGAUCCUCCGGGAAUCGGAUCGGCUUCCAGUUGGUUCUACACUCUCAUCCAGCGAGGUGAUUGUUCCGCGCUAGCUCCAUAGAGACUACAAUAACAGAAGGGUGAGAUAGAAGGAGAAGGGAAGAGAUAGAAAGGAAAAGGGUUUUUCGCGAAAAUCGGGCGGUGUCGGUUUUCGAAAGAAUCUGAUCAUCUAAAGUGCGCGAAGGGUGUCCCGUCCUCAGCAAACAGCACAAAGUCUUGCGUGUGCUUCGAGUAACAUCAGAUUCGAAUAGGAAGGAAGCAGCAGUUCACAUGGAGUGCGGCAUUACGGGCGGAUACACGAACGGCACUGCGGCGUCGGCCGGAAUCCUGGCAGAUGUCAGAGGCGAGAGGUCGCCGGCCAAGGCAGGUCUGCACGUCAACUUCAAGGAGAAGGGCGAAGUGAAGGAGCGCAGGGAGAAGUUCUUAACCGCCAAGUACGGAAACCACCAGAUGAGCCUCAUCAGGAAGCGUCUGGCCGUCGAGAUGUGGCUGUACGAGGAGCUGAAGAAGCUCUACGAGACGUCCACGACGACGGUGGAUGGUGGGGAUGAGGUCGAGGUGGACAUCGAUGAGCUUCUGGACAUGGAUAGUGACGAUGAGAGGCGGAGGCAUUUACAGAUGCUGCUGACGGGAGCGAAAAAGUCGCAAAACGACGUUAAGAAAUUCAUCAACGAUCUUCUUGAUAAAGCGAAAACUUUGUAAUCAAGUGCCAAAAGAAAAAGUAUACACAGAAAACAAGGAGCAGAAGAAUGAAGCACA